AUGGCGACGGUGGCGCUAGUGGCGGCAUCGACCACGCUGCUCAUCGCGCGCGGCGCCACCGCCGACCGGCUAAUCGCGCGCGGCGCCUUGGAAGACGCUCCGAACUGGGCCGGGCCCGGCGACCCGCAGCCACCCGGCAGCCUCUUCAAGGUGGCUCUCACGCAGAAGGGCUACAUCCAGUACCUGCGCUACAAGGUGGACGUGCCGGACCUCUACGACUUCACCUACUGCCUGUGGCUGCGCUCCAACAACUUCACCUCCCCGCAGCCCAUCUUCUCCUACUCGCGGCACGAGACGCAGCGGCUGGUGCGCGGGUGGCUGCGCGCGACUCGGCGCGGGGUGCUGGUGCAGAUGGCGGUGCGCGAGCGGCCCGUGAUGCGCGUGGUGGCCGGGCUGCGCGAGGGCCGUUGGCACCACGUGUGCCAGGGCUGGAGCGCCGCGCGCGCGCGCUGGGCGCUGCACCUCGACGGCGAGCUCGUCGCCUCGGGCCUCUUCGGGCACGUACGUACCCCGCACAUUGGGCGCUGCUGCGAGUCAAGGAGUGGGAAGGCGCUGCGGGCAUAA